AUGGAAGAAGGAACCGUUCCGCAGGAUGAUCGAUGGCUGCCGAUAUCUGCCUGUUCUGUGCGAACUCGUAUCCUGUUCGUUGGGUCGAACCCGCGCCUAAUCGAAACUAGUCUGAAGAGGAAAAGGCCAUGCGAUGGGAGAGAUCGACAGCAGUGGAGAGGGUCCGGCGAGGCAGGAAACGGGCGGUUUCAUCUGCUGGUUAGCUGGGUUCGAGACAGAUUAACCCUCCCUGACCCGGUCAGACACUGGUAUUACACCCGAUUCAGUAUGCCUGUUCUUCUCCCCAGCCCAAAUUUGAAUUUAAAUCAAAUUAUACCCGCUGUUGCAUCCCUCGUUUUCUUCUUGUUUGCCUUCUUUCGUCUUUCCUUUGCAGGUGGUUCGAGGAGGUAUCGCAUCUGGCGAGUUAUUGUGUCCGCCUUGCAGAUUCCCUGGCGAUCUGCACAUGAUCCGAUAAAUCUAUCCCAAUUCCCCUGGGAGGCUGUGGCGGCGCACUGUUUCGCGGUCCGCACUACCACCACCACACACCACCAUCAUUAA